UUUUAUUUCUAAUUAGAAAAGUCACGCUCGUGUGAAGAAAAUGAAUAAAAGUUAAUAAUGCAUUUGAAAUUAGGCUAUAAAACCAUUAACUAUUGUGCGGCCUUGGCGAAAAAAUUAUAUAACUGCCAUAUGGUGGAGUAAUGUAGGAAAAUCUAUAAAAAACUCGUAAAAUACCACAGGGCGUAUUGGUCGUAUAAAAUACCACAGACGCACAAUAAUUUACAAUGAGUUCAUGUUUUCACCAUAAAUAAAUCAAGCCUCAUUUUUCAUACACCGUUAGAAAGAGUUGUUUAUUAUGAGAUUAACGGCGGAUUUAUUCAUCGCGUUGUGCUGUGUGAUGCCUCUAGUUAGUUCAAAGUAUGCAUAUCCUAACAAAAAACCGAUACAAAGAACCGGAGCUAAGAAACCAAUCCUUAGAACGAAUGUUUUUGAUCCCGACCGGGUGGCCUUCCCUCAGCCUUUACCUACGCCACCUGAUCGGUUUAUAUUUUCACCUUACAAGUCGAUAUACCAAGGCCUACGGUACGAGAAUGAUACAAGAGUCUUCCGAAAGCGGUUUGAACACGAUGCGAUGAUAGCUGGGCAGCAGGUGGUCUGUCAAGGAAUAUUCGAUUGCAUAAUCUCACACAUAGCAAUAGAGUCUACAGAAGCAAUUCCCGUGCUGCUGAGAGGGGGCGCCGGCUACAGGCACUUUACGGCAGUUAUCAAAGCGAAGCCAAGUCGCGAACUAAAGGGCCAAGUCAGAGUCUACUGUAGAAGCAACUACGAACCAGCAGAAACAGACGUGGGACGGAGUGGGGCAGCGACCAAAAGAAGGUUCUAUUUCGGAGACAAGUUACAAGAUGAGAAUUGGGAUGACGACGACAAUAUUUAGCAUGAAUUCUCCGUAGGUAAAAUCGCCGUUUAAUGGUUUAAUUGAAAUUUACGUAAGCAACUUCAUCCGGCUAGCCUUUACCUUGGGCCACGGAAAAGAAACAUGUUGGGCAAAGUCAGAAAGCAUUAAGGGUCAC